UUACGGAGAAGAAGUAAAAAAUCAAAACCCUUGGGUUGAUUUUGGGCUCGAUUAGUUUUAGUUUUAUCAAAUAUCAAGUAAAAAAUCUAAGUUUCCACAGAAAAAGAGAAAAGGCUGUGCACAAUGAACUUGUAUACCUCUACCAAGUUUAUUAUAGGACUUCUUCGUCCAGAAGCAACUCAGAUAGUAUUAAGCAAAGGAAUCAAAUAUUUUCCUCCACCGAAGAAUUAUGAUGACAUUGAAAUACCGGAAAGGCCGCGUCUUAGAGUAUAUGAUAAGGUCCCACUUUAUCCCUCAAAUCUGAAACCUCCUAAAAUGCAGAAGAGGCUUCGUUACAUGCGGGGUCCUGAGCUCCUACAUAACACUCUGCAGCUAAAACAAUAUGGUGUUUUAGCUACAGGUGGUGGCAGAUUACGUCAUGAACAUUUUGAGAUGGCUCGGUUACAAGUGGCCAGAAGGUUAGAUAUGAAGAGAAUGUUUGCAAUUUGGAGAGUAGAUCCUCCGUGGCAACCGAUUACCAAGAAAGGACAAGGUCAGCGUAUGGGCGGAGGAAAGGGUGCUAUUGACCAUUAUGUCACUCCAGUUAAAGCAGGCAGAAUUAUUUUUGAAGUUGGUGGAAAAUGUGAAUAUGCUGAGGUGUAUGACAUGCUAAGGAUUGUGGCUGAACGAUUACCAUUCAAAGCUGAACCCGUAUCUCAAGAAAUUAUGGAAAAGAAAGCUAAAGAGGAAAAAUGGAGGGAAGAGAAUAAUAAAAACAAGUACACAUUGAAAUAUAUAAUUCAGAACAACAUGGGAGGUAGCCACAGGCAUAUAUCACCAUUUGAUCAUAAGUGGUACGGUAAAUAUCUGUAAUUUAUUAUGUUAUUGUUUGUAGAUUAAAUAUAGUUUUAAACUUGUA